AUGUCUGCACCUCGCCUAAUCGCAGUAAUCGGUGCCACGGGAGCGCAAGGCAUCCCCGUCGUACGAGAACUCGUCCAAUCCGGGUCCUACAAAGUGCGAGCUCUAACACGGGACGCCUCCAGCGCCCGAUUCCGGGAACUGCAAUCAUUCGGGUCCGUGGAACCCGUCAUCGGCACAUUUGCAUCAGAGAAAGACCUGCGAGCCACCUUCCGCGGCGCAUGGGGCGCAUUCGUAAACAUCGACGGCUUCAACUCCGGCGAGAAAGCCGAGAUGUUCUGGACCAUCCGCGCAUACGAGCUAGCUAUCGAGGAGGGCGUCAAGUUUUUCAUCCUCGGCAACCUCGACUACGUCUAUAAGAAAAGCGGGUAUAAACCCGAGUUCCACGCCGGCCACUACGACGGCAAAGGCCGCAUCGGGGAAUGGAUCCUGCAGCAAAACCAAGCGAACCACGGACGCAUGCAAGCGGCACUCCUAACCACGGGGCCAUACAUGGAGAUGACGAUCUCAGCACACACACCAAUGGCAGUAACCAUGGACUCGGGGGUCGCGACCUGGCGUCUACCAAUGCAAGACGGGGCGAUCCCGUUCGUCGCGCUCGACGACUGCGGGGUGUACGUCAAAUGGCUAUUCGAGCACCCUUCGCGCGCGAACGGACUCGACCUCGAAGUCGGCAUCGCGCAUAUCACGCGCUCAGACCUCAGCGGCGCGUUUGAGAAAGUGACGGGUCGGCCGGCGCGCGCGGUGGAUGUGGGGUUCGAGGAGUACUUUGGUAAAGUGUGGUUACAGGACCCGGAGCAUGCGGCGGGGUAUAACGCGGACCUGAGCGACCCCGCGACGAUGACUGUGCGGGAGAACUUUACUGCGUUUUGGAAUGUGUGGAGGAACUCAGGUGGGAACACGGGCUUGGUGAGGCGGGAUUAUGCGUUGUUGGAUGAGAUCCACCCUGCGAGGGUUAGGAGCGCGGAGGAGUUUUUUAGACACGAGGAGGAGAAGGGGGUUAAGGCGGGGUUGGGCACGCUGUGGGAAAGGGUCCAGCCGGAGAGGAUUGCGCAUGUUUUGAAGAUUACGGAGGAUAAGCGGACGGGGAGGUUGUGA